AUGUCCGCCCAGUCCAAGGGGACGGCAUCCUCCUCCUCGUCGCCGUCCGAGGGGCCGCCGGCUGCCUCCAAAGCUAAGGUCAAGGAGCAGAUCAAGAUCAUCGUGGACGAUUUGGAAUUAGUCCUGGGGGAUCUGAAAGACGUGGCCAAGGAACUUAAGGAGGUGGUUGACCAGAUUGACACGCUGACAUCUGACUUGCAGCUGGAGGAUGAGAUGACAGACAGUUCCAAAACGGACACACUCAACAGCAGCUCCAGCAGCACAACAGCUUCCAGCUUGGAGAAAGUCAAGGUGCGGGGCAACGCACCGCUCAUCAAACCCCCUGCACACCCCUCUGCUAUCCUCACAGUGCUGCGGAAGCCAAAUCCACCCCCACCUCCUCCACGACUGACACCCAUCAAACGUGAUGAGCCUCCCAGGCUGCCUCCUGCAGCCAAACCUGUCAAGACUAAUGGUACCCUACUGCGAAAUGGGGGCUUGCCAGUCGGGCCCAGCCGUGUCCCAAAUGGGGAUAUGUGCUGUAUGCCGAACAGUAAUUUAGAGAAAGUUGCAAUGCAGCCUCUGAUGCACAGACCUGAGAAAGAGCGGUGUUCUCAGCCAGGAGCGAGGGAACGGGUACGAUUUAGUGAAAAAGUGCAGUACCAUGGCUAUUGCCCUGACUGUGAUGUUCGGUAUAACAUUAAAAACAGGGAGGUGCACUUGCACGGUGAGCCUGCCCGUGCUGUGGGAAAGCUGCCCCACCAGUGCCCACCCCUGCCACCUCCACCGCCUCCUCUGUCUCCGUUUCCUCUGGAAAAUGGAGGGCUGGGAAUAAGUCCCAGUAACAGCUUUCCUCCUCCAAGACCUGCAACUGUGCCUCCACAAACUGCAUCAAAACCCCAGAAGACCAUCUUGAGAAAAUCGACCACUACAACAGUGUGAUGUAUGCCACUUGAAACAACUCUGGUUUUUUCCUAUAUAUAAACAUAAAUAGGUAAUGAGCACUUUCUACUUCAGCAAUA